CACCUACCUCUUCAUGAUGCAGGCUCAAGGCAUCCUUCUCCGGGACAACGUGCGGACGAUAGGUGCCCAGGUGUAUGAGCAGGUGGUGCGCAGCGCUUACGCCAAGAGGAACAGCAGCCUGAAUGACUCAGAUUACCCUCUUGACUUGAACCACAGUGAGACCUUCCUCCAGACCACGACCUUUCUUCCUGAAGACUUCACCUACUUCGCCAACCACCCCUGCCCCGAGAGGCUCCCUUCCAUGAAGGGCCCAAUAGACAUAAACAUGAGUGAAAUUGGAAUGGCUGACAUUCAUGCACUCUUCUCCAGAGACCCGACCAUCAAGCUCGGAGGCCACUGGAAGCCUUCGGAUUGCCUGCCUCGGUGGAAGGUGGCGAUCCUCAUCCCCUUCCGGAACCGCCACGAGCACCUCCCGGUCCUGCUCAGACACCUGAUCCCCAUGCUCCAGCGCCAGCGCCUGCAGUUUGCGUUUUAUGUGGUCGAGCAGGUCGGGACCCAGCCCUUCAACCGAGCCAUGCUUUUCAACGUCGGCUUUCGAGAGGCGAUGAAGGACCUGGACUGGGACUGUCUGAUUUUCCAUGAUGUGGACCACAUUCCAGAGAGUGACCGCAACUACUAUGGGUGUGGACAGAUGCCCAGGCACUUUGCCACGAAGCUGGACAAGUACAUGUAUCUGCUUCCCUACACUGAGUUCUUCGGUGGAGUAAGUGGCUUAACAGUGGAGCAGUUUCGGAAGAUCAACGGCUUUCCCAAUGCUUUCUGGGGCUGGGGCGGAGAAGACGAUGACCUCUGGAACAGAGUGCAGAACGCAGGCUAUUCUGUGAGCCGGCCGGAAGGUGACACGGGGAAGUACAAGUCCAUCCCUCACCACCACCGAGGAGAAGUGCAGUUUCUUGGAAGGUACGCGCUGCUGAGGAAGUCCAAAGAGCGGCAGGGGCUGGACGGCCUCAACAACCUCCACUACGUCGCCAACGUCACGUACGACGCCCUGUACAAGAACGUAACUGUCAACCUGACGCCUGAGCUGGCGCAGGUGAGCGAGUACUGAGACGCCAGGGAGGACGCGUUUGCUUUCCCACCGCCACACGGACACGGUCCUGCCGGCUGCCCUGGGUCUGCACGGGGAGAGCAGAAGCGGUCCAGCAGAGGACCUCAAGGUUCGAGGAGACGUGACCGAGCACACGCACAACGCCUUCAUUUGGGGACCUGCUGGGAUGGAGGGCCAGCCCCCGGCUUUCUGUGCCCACGAGGUGGACAUCUGUCCUGCUGCUCUCUCCUGUCUCCCACCCCAGCGUCCUGACGUCGCCAGUCUCCAGAACCCUCGCAGGCUGUGAGCGGCUGUGGCCCUGCCGUCGCCUGGCCAGCCUUGGGUCCCGGACAGCGCGGCCGGCGGCGGCUGGAUCUCCACCAUUCCCUGCAUCUCUGGUGUUCUCUUGGUUUCAUUUUUUUUUUUUUUUUUUAAUUAUCUGCUUUGGGCAGGGAUUGAGGGUGGGGGAGGGCUUUGGGUACAACAACUAGACAUAAACAUAUAACAGUCACUUCUUGAAGAAGUAUAAUUGUAAAUAAGCCAUGUAAAAUGCCUUUUUAAAAUUUAAUUUUAUAGCUGGCUCCAAUUCAAAGCGAGGAUUUAUACAUUAGAUCACUUUUUUGGUUGGCAAAAGCAGGAACUCAGUUAAAUUGCAGUUGAAGAAUAUCAUCUCCCAAAUUGUGGUCACUUGGAAGGGAGACAGGGCACAUCACCCAAGAGCAAAACAAUCUGACCACCUCACCAGUAGCUGGCCUUUCUGUUCCCUCCCUGUCCCUCCUACAGAGUCCUGCUUGGCUCCUGCUGUGCAGACCCUCCCUAUAGCCCUGAGGCCCACUGGGGCCCUGUGGGACAGGAGAGGCGCUGCUCUGUCUAUGCCAAGCAGACCCUUGGCUCCCUAGGCACUGGCUCUCUGGACUUCGGUUCUGGGCCUUCAACAUCAUAAGACAGUGGGCAUUUCCCUCUGUUUUUCUUCUCUCUCCUGUGGACAUUGGCCAGUUUCUAGGAGCUGUGCCCUACACAACCAGCUGGCUUCAGGGAUUCCUCUGCUUCCUGUUUCCUCUGUUUCUGGGAAGAUUCUUUAUCCUCAUGGUUCUGUUCUGGGCCACACAGAAUGACGAGCAGUUGCACUGGGGGAGUGAAGCCAGAGAGCAGGUGACACCUGUGUCCUGGGUCAGCUGGGGUCCAGGGGAGACUCCAGCCCAGCUUUGAGGUUAGCAGAGCGCCCGUGCUUUCUGAGGUCAGAUUCUGUCUUGCAUUUGAAUUUGUGCCUCUUUCUUUCCCCUGAGCCAAAGCCCUCAGUUCAUAGGUCUGUCCACUUGUGCAGGAUCCUGGAGAAUCCUGGUUCCUCUCCUUUUCCACAUGUGAUUGGGAGUGCUUUCUGAAGAGUACUUCAUAUUUUUUUUAAUUGCCUUGUUUGCCUUCAACCUCCUGAAUUUUCAUGGUUUACAUGGGUGUGUGUAGGGCGUGUGUGAGCGUGUGUGUGUGUGUGUGUGUGUGUGUGUGUUGGGUUCCAUGGACGUAUGAUCCCCACGAGCUGUGGGAGUGAUUGGCCAGGCCUUAUUUUUUGUUUUUUGGUUAUUUUGGUUUGAGUUUUUGUUCUUUUGAAGAACAGAGUGGUAUUUAGGAAUAAAUUGCAUUGCAAACUCUUACCAGCUCAGAUGAGAGAGCAGGUACCUGCCCUUGAAAAUGCUGGUGAGUUAUAUCAUGUAUUAAAAGAAAUGUAUGCAUUUCAUGCGUUGAAAUCCCCUGAGGGAACGGCAAGCACAGGCCCGUCGGAUGUCCCUUGCCCAGUGCUGCCGACAGUGAUCCCCCUCCACCUGCGCGCCCACCGGCCCCUCUCAUCCCCCCCCAUCACUGAAGGCUGUGGUCUGCUUUCCCGUGACGGACUGGGUGUCAUUUGGAACUCUGCCAGAACAGAUGUGUUCUGGUCCAGGGUGAGGUGUGUGAGGCAGGCAGGCAGGACGUGGGAGGCCACCACACCCUCCUGAGGACGGAGGAAAGCUCUCCUCUGCUGCAGGGCCAUUCAGAUUCCCUUCAGUCAUGUCUGAGUCUUCUAUCAAGUGGAGUUUCUUCAUGUGCACUGUUGAUCAUUUAUGCCCCACGUUGAUGCCAUGUGUAACCGUUAUGAUCACACAGCCAGGCACAUUGCUGUCACAGCAUGGAAUUCUCGUGUUAAAAACACCCCUAGAACUAAAUGUGACCUUGAGCAUAUUUCGGCAGCUGAAAUUCUUCAAGGCUACUGAUGGGGUCCCCAUAAGCCAGUCUCAUCUUGGAUUGUUGUGUGCGAGAAAGGUUUCCCUUGACGCUGGUGUUUGGGGGGUGAUAUUUGCAGAAAUGUUAAUUUGACCUGCCAGGGACCCUGUCAGAGCUCCUUGGACAUCAGGAGCCGAGCCACAGCCACUGUCUCGAUGGCUUCCACUCAUGCUGAUGAUGGCAUUGAACAUAGCUAGCUUCUUUCCAUCACUACAUUGAUUUGAGUUUGCUCUUAUGUUUUAAGAGGUGCCAGGGGUACAUUUUUGCACUGAAACCUAAAGAUGUUUUAAAAAACACUUUUCACAAAAAUAGUCCUUUGUCAUUACAUUAUUUACUCAUGUGUUUGUACAUUUUUGUAUGUUAAUUUAUGAAUGAUUUUUUCAGUAAAAAAUACAUACUCAAGAACCAAA